AUGUUGCUGAGGAUUGAUGCAGGGGAGUCAGACAUAGAGCUGUCAGGAGAUGAGCUGGAGGGGCAGACAGUAGAACAGCAAGGGGAAAGCUCAGAGGAGGAUGUUUCAACUGUUGAGGAGCCCGCGCAGGAGCAAGCUGAGAACAAUGAGCGCACAUUAUGGAUGAGGAGCAAUGCUUUCAACCCUGUUGUGGAGGACAAUUUACUGGGCAAAACUGGUCACCCCCACCAAGACUGGAGGCCCUAUGAUUACUUCAAACAAUACAUAGAUGACCAAGAUUUUAUAAACAUCUCUGAGAACACAAACCAACGGGAGGUGCUUAUCUCUGGAGCUAGUUUGAAAACCACUCCAGAAGAAAUCAAAACCUUCUUUGGCAUGUCAAUGUACAUGGCAUGUCUCAGCUACCCUAGGAUCCGGAUGUACUGGGCAUCAAAGACAAGAGUCCCAAUUAUAGCCAAUACAAUGACACGAGACAGGUUUUUCAAGAUUAGACAAUCGAUCAAAGUCACAAAUGAUCUGAAUGUGUCUGAUGAGGAUAAGAGAAAUGAUGUCCUCUGGAGAGUGAGACCUCUCUUAAAAAGAGUACAGCAAGGAUGCCUUAGUUUGCCAAAACCAAAGAAGGCUUGUGUGGAUGAACAAAUGAUUCCGUUCACAGGCAGAUGUCCUGUGCGGCAGUUUGUGCCUGGGAAACCAAACCCCACUGGCCUGAAAGCCUUUGUGCUUGCUAGUCCAAGUGGUCUGGUGUUGGACUUUGAGGUUUAUAAGGGCAAGAACACAUUCACUGACCAUCACCUGGGAAUAGGAGGGAAUGCUGUCAUUCGGAUGGUACAGACACUUCCACGAGGAACACACCUAUACUUUGACAGAUUUUUCACCUCUAUCAAACUGCUAGAUGCACUGAAAGCUAGUGGUCUCCAGGGAACAGGGACCAUCAUGAAAAACAGAAUCCCAAAACAGUGCAAGUCAAAGAUGACAAAUGAUAGCACAUUUGAAAAAAAAGGAAGAGGCGCAUCUGAGAUGGUUGUCAGAAAGCCAUCAGAGAUUGCAGUAAUUAAGUGGCAGGACAAUAAGGCAGUCCUCUUGGCCUCCACUGUCCAUGGAAUAGAACCCCAGGACAACUGCAUGAGAUGGUCAUCAAAAGAGAAGUGUCAUCUUUAUGUAUCUAGACCUGCUAUUGUAACUGAGUACAACACUAACAUGGGCGGAGUUGAUCUGUGUGACCGAAUGAUCAGCUUCUACCCAAUGUCAAGCCGUACAAGAAAAUGGACUGUCCGUACCAUUCUGCACUUCUUUGACCUGGCUGCCACUAACAGCUGGAUUGAGUACAGGAUAGAUCAUGAGACGAAUGGGAGACUGGAGAAGGAUAGGCUGCAGUAUCUUGAGUUCAAACUGCUGCUGGCUGAAGAUCUUAUUGCCCAAGCCCAGUGCGGACAAGGUCAAGAGUUUGAUGAGGUGGUCAGUGAUGUCAGCACUGAUGAUGAGUACAUUCCCCCUAAGAGGCGAAGUGUGGAGCCACAGCCCAAUGACAGCCUGAAAAAAUAUGGGGCUAUCCAUAUGCCCAAGAUGGUGGAGGCAGCCCAUGCAUCACGGUGCCGGAGAGCAGGAUGUAAUGGCAAAACCUAUGUGAAAUGCACCAAAUGCAACAUGUUUCUGUGCAUUGCCAAAGGAAAAAACUGUUUUCUGGCAUAUCACUCCUAACAUAGAACCCCUGAUGUUUUUAAAUUAUUAUUAAAAGUUUUUAAAAAUCAUUU